AUGUCUGUUAUGACAAGGAACGAAUGUAACCUAUCUUCGUAUUCACCACUGGGCGGUUUGGUUAAACAGAGGUGCUUAACCUGUGGUAGACACCGGAUGUAUUUCUGCUAUGAUUGCCGUAUUGUUUUGCCAGGAGUUCCGUCGCCUCGUGUUAAGGUAUCUUCAUUAGUCUUGAUUGUAGUGAGACAAGUGAACAGUGAGAGUGUGCUAAAUUUUGAGGAAUUCGCUGAUUGGUUGUUGGAGCUAUUGCCUUGCGAUGUCGACGUGAUUAAGCAUCCAAUGGAGAAGAACGGCAAAAGUAGCGCUAUUCAUUGCAAAAUUCUAGCGCCGGAGCAAACUCGUGUUCGUAACAACCAUCAUGCAAGCGAUAUUUGGUUUACACAUAUUGUGUUUCAGAUUUUUGAUGUACCUAAUGUGUUUGGAUACAACAAAGAAGAUAAACAAAAGCAUGAUGGAAGUGACGUAGUUGUUUUCGCUUCACCAUCUUCCGUUUCAAUCGAGGAAUUCGUAAAGACAAAAGGUCCUGUAAAAAGGUUCAUCGUUUUAGACUGUACAUGGUAUCAGGUUAAUACUAUGCUGAGAAUUCCUCAAAUCCAAGGGCUUCCAUAUGUUUCACUUACCAAGUAUCACACUGCGUUUUGGAGACCUCAACGCAAUGUUGGUCAAAAUGGCUUAGCAACAAUUGAGGCUAUUUAUUAUGCUUUAAGGGAAUAUCAAGAGUAUGGACUUCAACGACCAUAUAAAGGUGAAUUUGACGAUUUACUCUAUUGGUUUUUCCAUACUCGACAGCAGGUGGAUAAGAAAAACGAGGAACACCGUAGGCGAAAAGUCGGCGUCUCUGGAGGUGUAUCGGAUUCGUCUUCUAGUGCAAGCAUCAGUUUAUAG